AUUACUCGGCUAAAAAUUGGAUAAGAUGCUAACGACGGUGGAAAGAGUGGUAAAAGAAAAAGAAGAGGAGAGGAAAAAACACUACUUUUGGUUAGACGGCAGCGGCAGAGCCGGAAAUGGGGAAAUGGAGUUGCCAGAUUUUUGGCAGAGCCUAAUUCUAGAGCGUUAGCUACUUCACAUGCUUAUGUUUGGUAAUGCCGAUAUAAACUCAUCCACAAAUUCCACCCACCUACGCCAACAUUAUUGCUCUAUGGCUUCGUCUCUGCACUUCUCUGCUUCUUUCUUCGGGAACCCGAUUCCCAUUUCAAUCCGAACAAGAACAGCUCCAUGUAGGACAAGAUUUAUUGCCCUUCAGGCUUCAAAAGAGAUUACGGACGUUUCUUCUCAAAACCCAACCCGGAUGCUCACUUUUCUUGGCAAAGGCGGCUCCGGAAAGACCACUUCCGCGGUAUUCGCCGCUCAGCAUUUUGCAUUGUCUGGACUGCGCACAUGCCUGGUGAUACAUAAUCAAGAUCCUACUCCUGAGUAUCUUCUUGAUUGCAAAAUUGGAAACUCUCCCGUUGAAUGCAGUCGCAACCUCUCAGCUGUUAGGUUGGAAACCACUCAAAUGCUUCUUGAACCUCUCAAACGGCUAAAGCAAGCUGAUUCUCGUCUUAAUAUGACACAAGGAAUUCUUGAAGGGGUUGUUGGAGAAGAGCUUGGGGUACUUCCAGGAACGGAUUCUAUCUUUUCGAUGCUUCAGCUUGAGAGAUUCCUUGGGUUCUCAGGUAUUAUGGGCCAACGGGACCAAAAAGACAAAUAUGAUAUGGUAAUAUAUGACGGUAUCUGCACUGAAGAAACAAUAAGGAUGAUUGGAGCAACCAGUAAAGCAAGGUUGUACUUAAAAUAUCUGAGGAGCAUUGCUGAAAAAACUGAUCUGGGGAGGUUGGCUACUCCUUCAAUUCUGAGGCUUGUUGAUGAAGCCAUGAGUAUAAGCAGGCCAGGCUCCCAUCUUAGUGUUAGAACCAGUACUGAUAUAUGGGAGGCACUGGAACACGUGUUAGAGAAAGGGUCUUCUGCAUUUGCAGAGCCAAGAAAAUUUAGCUGCUUUAUAGUGAUGGAUCCUACUAGUCCUGCUUCUGUUCAGUCUGCAUUACGGUACUGGGGUUGUACUAUUCAAGCUGGUGGACAAAUAUCUGGUGCACUUGCUUUCAUUUCUUCACACUUGAGUGCAGAAUCUACUGCUAGUUUGAAGGAGAAAUUUUCACCCUUGUCUUUGGCCUUUAUGCCACAGUUCUCAACUGGUUCCUCAGUAGAUUGGAACACAGUUCUGCGUGAUGCAUCAAGUAAAGGCCCAAGGGACCUUCUUUCUUUGUCAAAAAGCGUCACCAGCAGUCUGCUAUCACCUGUAAAAUUCGAUCCUGGAAACAAAUCGGUUACACUUCUCAUGCCAGGCUUCGGGAAGUCAGAAAUCAAGCUUUACCAGUAUAGGGGAGGAUCUGAGCUGUUAGUGGAAGCUGGGGAUCAGAGGCGUGUAAUUUCAUUGCCUAAAGAAAUUCAAGGGAAGGUUGGUGGUGCCAAGUUGACGGACAGAUGUCUUGUUAUCACAAUGCGUUGAUGUAAUCAAUCACAAAAAUUCACCUGGCUUCCAUUUCAGAUGUCAUUUUGAUGUUAUUCAAAUCAUAGUAAUUGUCAAUUAACCAAGUAUCUGUUCAAGGGUCACCAGGGCAAAUGUACAACAAUGUUUAUAAUCUGCCAAAAGGCACCAGAUAUAAAAUUUGCUUCUGAUUUAUCGCUCA